AUGCGUUUCCUGACCGGGCAUGACGGGCCAGCAGCCUCGGUCUCAGCCGACAACACCGGCAGAGGAGACACGGCAGUAACUGCCGCUAAUGUUACCGGCACCUUUGACGAUCUCUCUCUGAAGGUGGUACCUAGCUCUAUCGGAUCCAUCCCUCCUUUGAGCCAGUUAGACAGCCACGUGUCGGUCUCAGACGGGGAAAAGAGGGUAGCCACCUUCCUGUUCUCUGGGAUAUUCCUGGAUCUGGUGGGCAUGACGUUCAUAGUCAUGGGCUGGCUUAAGUACGACGUCAGCCGCAGCUUCGACUGGACCCAGCUGCUCGACCCCAUCCUGCUGUCUGUAGGAGGCACCUUCAUCCUCAUCAGCGUCUGUAUGUUCAGGAUGCUCUCCUGCCAGGUGUGUAAGUCGAAGGACCAUGACGAAGAGUUUUCCGAGUCACUGGCGAUCCCAGGGUCCUGCCAAUCAAUUGUGUUCAACGGGAUCAAUCAGCCAAUAAUGUUUUACAGAGCCUCGGUAGUGCAGUAUAUCCAAGCUCCAUAUGAAUUUGUUACACAGGAAGUGAAUCCAUCCAAUGGGUUUCAGCCCAAUGGUGGCUCAGCCAAUGGGGUUCCCAGAACCUUGCCACCUCAAUACUUCACCGUGUGCCCAUUGGGUAACCCAGCGUUUAUAGGAGACAACAAAAGCCCUCCAAACAACGGGUCAGACUGCAGACAAGAUGGCAGACAUAGCAGGCUAACAGUGUGGACCGAGCACCCAGAUGAUGGAAAAGGAUCUGAAGCAGAUAACAGUUCUACUGAGCCUCGUUCACCUCCCCCAGCAUACAGAACCAUCUACACCUCUCUAACUGUCUGA